AUGGAGUCCACCAGUACCAGCGAUAGGUGCUUUAUCCUCGAGAUCCCAACAGAGCUUCGAUUGAUCAUCUACGAGAUGAGCCUCGCAGAUCAUCGCAUUGAGCCGAAAUGCGACAACUCCCCGCCGCUCCUUGUGGUGUGUAAGGCGAUGCGCAACGAGGCGUUGGAGGUCUUCGAGAAGACGCUGAGGGCGAACCUGGCUACCUUGGACCAGCAAGAGCAGGAGUCGAAGCAGCAUUGGCAUGAGGAGAUGGAGGUGGCAUACACCCACGUGGCGAAGUCCACUGCGAGGAAGGCGCACGCUCAGCGUAUGCGAGACAUUCGCACACUCCAGCGUACGAACAUGCAGGAGUUGGGUACGGUGCAGAAAAGGCUGUAUGGUAAGAUUGGAGAAGAUGUUGUCAGAUGGAACGCACUGGAAAGCAGACGCUUCGUGCCCGGGUAUCCUCCGUUGGCAUGA